AUGAGCAUAGCACACCGAGUGUCGGAUGGAGCAUCCACUCUACAAACUGAACUGUACGCCAUCAAUUUGGCUCUCAGACACGCAAUAUACACCACAUACCCAACUAUACAUAUCUUCACUGACUCUCUCUCAGCCUUACAGACCCUUAAGAAAAACCAAGUCACUGAUAACCUCAAACUAGUAACAACUAUUCUCUAUUACAUUCAGCAACUGGAAGAACAAGAAAAGACCCUGAGCUUCUGGUGGAUCCCCAGCCUCGUCAAUAUCUCUGGCAAUGACUCUGCAGAUGCUGCUGCCAAGAAUAGUCUACGUUUCAGCACUAUCAGUGGUCACACUGAUAGAGCUGUUAAAGAAACACGUCCGAAGAGCCUCAUAUGA